UGACUCAAACUCGUGCAGGUGUGACCUGUGACCACGCCCACAUCUGCACAGAUGAUCCGCCCAGGUGUCAAAGUCACCGCGCGUUCGCAGUGUGCUCAGAUUCACCUGUGACACACGCGAGGAAACAGAUCGUGAUCCGGAUUGAACGAAUCCUGCAGAAAGUGAUUGAUCGAGUAACAUCAGUGUCUGAGAUUUACUACAGAAAGUCAAAAGGAGAUAAACCACGUGAACCAACAAUCAAGAUCUGAAGGAGACGACAGAAGGAGUUUGUGAGCGGUCAGUAGUGAGAGGCUGAACAUCCCCUACAAAGUGCACUCGACUUUGAGACACUUGUGAAAGAGCAAGAGUGCACUACAGAAGUGUAUUGUAGGUGUUUUGUGGAGCGGGCUCUAAACAACCUGCUGAACAACGACACAAAUUCAGCCUACUGACCAACGGGAUGCCAGGAAUGAGUGCACAGGAAACUAGCAUGGGCACAGAAAGUAAAGAAACAGCAUGUAUCUCAGAACACAACACGGGCCUUUCUAACGGACCGGUCACCACAGAAACGCAUUCACCCACAGGAAGGAGUGUCAGCAUGGAAGACGAGGACAGACACUGGACGGCCAAUAAGAAGGUGGCGAUGUUUACAGGGUCUAGUCUCACGCGGUCUGGAAGUGUCAAAGAUCUCAUCCACAAGUUCUCCUCAAGUGAUGGACCACACAUGCCCAACAGGUCUUUGCCUCCUUUGUGCACAAGUGCGUCGUUGAGGGUCAAAAGUCAAGAGUUGGAAAGAACAGGGGGACAGGAUUCUGGCAGCGCUGGGAAAUUGAGACGUGAAAAGCGAGAUGGCGUGAAGAACCAGAACCGUGGUUCCUCUAGUGAAGUGUCAGAGGCCAAAAUGCAAAAUCUGCCUCGCUCCAAAAGCGCAGAGCCAAAACGUCAAAGCACAGAAAAAAAACAUGAAGAAAACACUGCCAACACAGCAAAGGCAACAAACACGGCAAGCAACAAAUACAGCAAAGACAACAAGCACUCAAAAGACAGAUACCAUUGCACCAAAGACAAGCAAGAUGCUUCGGUUUCUGGUGCGCAUUCCAACUACAACGACGAUAAGCAGCACGUCAGUACUCCAUCUGAGGAUGAACCCACUACCCCUCGAAUCCGACCGAACCCCAAGUACCAGCUCUUCCUGGGGUCCAACGGUACCAGCGGCUCUAACGGUUCAGUGGGAGAGAGCGGUCCAACCAGCGGCGGAACCAACGGAAACCUUCUGAGACUCAAUUCAACCAUGCGCGGAUCAAUGGAGUCACUGUCGUCACGUGACUGGGACAGCAUGUCCGACAGAACGGGUGGAUUUGAAAGCCCUCCCAGAGUAUUUAACAGUCCAUAUGCAACACUGUCACUGGACUAUAAUCCCUUAAACAGAAUGUCUGAUUUUAAGACACAGGAAAUGAUGUCACCUGCCAUCUCAGAGAUGAACCUGUUUGGUUUGAACAGAAGUGUGAGUCCCGUUCACAGUCCAGUCAUGGCUCAUCGCUCACGCAUUGCCAGCUACGAAAGUCUCACUCGCAGACGAGAGCCUCCUCCAGGUCAAUUAAUCCUGCAGCGAAACAACCAGCCAAACAAGCGUGAUUUCAUCCAGGAACUGACCAGACAACUGGAGGACUGUCAGAGGAGGAAUCAGUUUCUGGAGGCAGAGAGUAUCGAGAUGGAAAAAGAGAGAAAUCAGAUCCGCUUUGAGAUGAGGGGUCUGCUGGUGAAUAAUGAAGAUCUGCUGCGCACAAACACACAGAUGCAGGGAGAGAUGAGCCGACUGAGAGACAAGAUCGUUGAGUUAGAGAGCAACAACAACGUCCUGAUAGAACGCUUCAAACAGAUGGAGAAAGAGCUGAAGGAGGCUCGAGAGGUGAUGGUAGAAGCCAACACGCAAGAAUACGCCUUCAACUUCCUGCAACAGUCACUCAAGAACAAAAUACAAGACACAGAGGACGCUCUGGAGAAACAGACGCAGCACGCUCAGACUCUAUCUGAGAAACUGUGGCUCACCGAACGCAGUCUAGAAGAACUGGAGGUGGAGAAAGAAACAAAAGCCAAGAAAGCUCUAGAACUCAGUAACAGUGUGUUCAGACUGGAGACGGAGUUGUCAGACGCUCUUCAGGAAUCCAAUCAUGCUCGAGCUGAACUGAGUCUGCAGCAGAAACUGCGAGCGGAUGCGCAGCUGCGUGUGGAGGAACUGGAGGAGAGCGUUCUGGAGAAAGAUCAAGAGCUCCUGCGUCUCACACAGAUCGUCAGCAGACUGCAGGGAGAGGUGACGGUCAAGUUGAGCGAUCGGGAACAGACUCUAGAAGAAGAGAUUCAGUUGCGUGAACGUGUUCAGCUUCAGUGUAAACAAGCCGAGAGAACUGUGGAGGAUUUACGCGUGGAAAUGCAGACGCUGAGUCAGACAAGAGACGAUCUCGCCAAACAACUCAAACUAGCACAGGAGAAGAUCAUUGAUCUAGAGAGUGAUCUAGAGGAUCUACAGGAGAAUGAGCAGAGAUGGGCGUCCAAACACAAGAGAGCUCUGGAUCAGUCUGAACAGCUGCAGCUGAAACUCAUUCAGGAGAAAGAUCUGAACGACCAGCUCGAGUGUGAGAAAGCCAUUCUAGAGAGACAGCUGCGUGAUCUACGCUCUGAGAUGGAGGAACUGCAGAAUAACAGAGUUGAAGUGGAUUCCAUUACAAGAGCUGAGAGCAAAGCUAAACAACUGGAGAUUACACUCCGAACAGAAGAGAGGAAUAAAGUGGUGAUGGCAAACACCAUCAGUAAACUAGAGAGGAAGAUUAAUGAACUGACGGAACAGAUCGAGGAAGAGCACAAGAUCUCCACUGAACAGAGAGAGCUGAUGACUCAGCGUAUCCGUUCACUGAAGCGACAGCUGAAUGAGGCCGAGGAAGAGGCGAGUCGACGUGAUGUUCAGCACAGACACACACAGAGAGAACUGAUGGAGGAGAGAGAAGCUAACAGCAGACUGCAGAGACAACUACUGGACCAACACAUGACGAUGAAGAGGAAAGAGUCGAGACAGACCCUGGAGAACCUGAAACUGGAUCUGAGUGUGGAAGAGGAAGAGGAACAGAACGAGAACAAGAACGAGUCCAAAUCCACAGAAAAGCAUGUGACGCAGGUGUGACCCUAAACACCCAACUAAAACAAACCAGAACUUUCAGAUUCAUCCAAACAAACACAGGCCAACGGGACCAAACUGAAUCUGAAGUGCUUCAUGAACUAAAUCAAAAUAAUACAGAAAAUCUGUAAACCACCAUCAACUUGCAUCCAAACAUUAAAACCACCAGCAGAGACCAGAUGUUUAUAAAGCUUAGAAAACAAGACAAGCGAUCAGGUCGACACGUCCUACUGCCGGCUUCAUAUGAACUGAAUAGAAGUCUUUCCUCCAGCACUGUUGCUCUUAGGAAUAUAAUUGUUGCAGAUAUACAUUUCUUUCAUAUAAACUAAACUCCCUUUACAGGUGAAGAGCUUCACUGCCAAAUUCUUUGAAUGGGGAAAAAACCGUUUUCCAAUAUGAUAUGUGCAUUCAUUCUCUGAUUACUUCAGUUUACAAUAAGCUAUUCAGUAGUUAAUUGGUUAUCCAAAUACAUAUCUAUUCUGUUAUUUUUCUGUCCAAUUGCUGUUAAUGCAUUUAAUAGUCUUUGUUUACAUAUGUAUCGACAAUCAAAGAGAUAUUCACUAAGGAAUGUGUAGUUAAUCUGACAUCCUGUUGAUCAUUCCCUUUAUAAGAUUUUAUUUGAUGUAUUUUGGGACUUUUCAUCUUUAUUUGACCAUUGAACUGACUUGUACUGCAUGCAUUUCUUUGGCCUUUCAUGAAUAUAGGGGAAUAUUAUUUCUGUGUGUGUGUGUGUGUGUGUGUGUGUGUGUGUGUGUGUGUGUAAACUUGCAUGCAUUAAAACAGAGAUGCCUGGGUGUAAUGUAUAUUAAUUCUGUUGAAGGAUAUUAACCAGUUGAAAUUAGUGAACAGUAUAGAUGUUGAGGAGAACCCGAGUAGCACACUUAAAAAAUAAAAUGUGUAUGUGUCCAAAAGAAUAUGUACAUUUAAUGAGGACUCUGUAGUUUCACUGUAAAGCAACGUUAGAUGAUCACACGCUGCAUUUGGUGCAACCUAAACAAAGCAACAAAAAAACACUGUAAUGUACUCAAAGAUGUUUUGUCUGUAGUUCUAAGUUUAAUGUGGAAUAAAAUAUUCUAAACCAAGA